AUGGUGCUGGCCCUUAACCUCAGCACUCGGGAGGCAGAGGCGGAGGCCGNGGCGGCGGGGCCGGAGGAGGACGAGGCGGCUGAGGGCGGCGGCUCGGAGGAGGUGGAGUGCCCGCUGUGCCUGGUGCGCCUGCCGCCCGAGCGGGCCCCGCGCCUCCUCAGCUGCCCGCAUCGCUCGUGCCGGGACUGCCUCCGCCACUACCUGCGCCUGGAGAUCAGCGAGAGUCGCGUGCCCAUCAGCUGCCCCGAGUGCAGCGAGCGGCUCAACCCACACGACAUCCGCCUGCUGCUGGCCGACCCGCCGCUCAUGCACAAGUACGAAGAGUUCAUGCUGCGCCGGUACCUGGCCUCGGACCCUGACUGCCGCUGGUGUCCCGCCCCUGACUGCGGUUACGCUGUUAUUGCCUAUGGCUGUGCCAGCUGCCCGAAGCUAACCUGUGAGAGGGAAGGCUGCCAGACUGAGUUCUGCUACCACUGCAAGCAGAUAUGGCAUCCAAACCAGACCUGCGAUAUGGCCCGUCAGCAGAGGGCUCAGACUUUACGAGUUCGGACCAAGCACACUUCAGGUCUCAGCUAUGGGCAAGAAUCUGGACCAGUAGAUGACAUCAAGCCAUGCCCACGAUGUAGUGCUUACAUUAUCAAGAUGAAUGAUGGAAGCUGUAAUCACAUGACCUGUGCAGUGUGUGGCUGUGAAUUCUGCUGGCUUUGCAUGAAAGAGAUCUCCGACUUGCAUUACCUCAGCCCCUCUGGCUGUACAUUCUGGGGCAAGAAGCCAUGGAGCCGGAAGAAGAAGAUUCUUUGGCAGUUGGGCACAUUGAUCGGUGCUCCAGUGGGGAUCUCGCUCAUUGCUGGCAUUGCAAUUCCUGCCAUGGUCAUUGGCAUUCCUGUUUAUGUUGGGAGGAAGAUUCACAGCAGAUAUGAGGGAAGGAAAACCUCCAAACACAAGAGGAACUUGGCCAUCACAGGAGGAGUGACCUUGUCAGUCAUCGCGUCCCCGGUGAUCGCUGCUGUUAGUGUUGGUAUUGGUGUCCCUAUUAUGCUGGCGUAUGUUUAUGGGGUUGUACCCAUUUCUCUCUGUCGUGGAGGUGGCUGUGGAGUUAGCACAGCCAAUGGAAAGGGGGUGAAAAUUGAGUUUGAUGAAGAUGAUGGUCCAAUCACAGUGGCAGAUGCCUGGCGGGCCCUCAAGAACCCCAGUAUAGGGGAAAGCAGCAUUGAAGGCCUGACUAGUGUGCUGAGCACCAGUGGGAGCCCUACAGAUGGACUCAGCGUUAUGCAAGGCCCUUAUAGUGAAACAGCCAGCUUUGCUGCCCUUUCUGGGGGUACACUGAGUGGUGGUAUUCUCUCCAGCGGCAAGGGAAAAUACAGCAGGUUAGAAGUCCAAGCCGAUGUCCAAAAGGAAGUUUUCCCCAAAGACACAGCCAGUCUCGGUGCAAUUAGUGACAACGCGAGCACUCGUGCUAUGGCCGGCUCCAUAAUCAGUUCCUACAACCCACAGGACAGAGAGUGCAACAAUAUGGAAAUCCAAGUGGACAUUGAAGCCAAACCAAGUCACUAUCAGCUGGUGAGUGGAAGCAGCACAGAGGACUCGCUCCACGUCCAUGCUCAGAUGGCAGAGAAUGAGGAGGAGGGUACUGCUGGCGGCGGCGGUGCUGGCGGCGGCAGUGGUGGCAGUGAAGAGGAUCCUUCUUGCAAACACCAAAACUGUGAACAGAAAGACUGCCUGGCCAGCAAAGCUUGGGACAUCAGCCUAGCCCAGCCUGAAAGCAUCCGCAGUGACCUAGAGAGCUCUGACACGCAGUCAGAUGACGUGCCAGACAUCACUUCAGAUGAGUGCGGCUCCCCCCGCUCCCACGCUGCAGCCUGCCCCUCGACCCCCAGAGCCCAAGGUGCACCGAGCCCAAGUGCCCACAGGCAGCUCGCUGCUCCAGCUGAGGGCCAGACUGUCCUGAAGCCAGAAGAGGAUGAAGUGGAGUGAAGGCCCCUCCGGCUCUGAGAAGCACACUUGUUGUGCUCUACCGUGAGCUCCAUCCCAGCCCCAGGAGCAGAUCCUUGCUGGAGGAAGAGAUGUGACUGCGCGAUCACCAGGCAAUAGCAUAGGUGUUGGCUGUGAUCUCAGGAAUGAAAGCUCAUACAAAGAACUGCAGGGACAGUGGUCAAGAGACUCGAUGCAAGGUUCAAGAUCAGGCAGCAGUAACCUUUGUGACCAGGUGCACCUGCUGGCCUGUGCAGUAAAGGACGAGGCAUCCAGACGGCAGACAGACAGACAGACAGCCACUGUGGAAGACCGCGCCUCUCAGGCACUGCCACCUGGGAACAGGAAAUGCUAAUGGACUGUGCAUCUCAGUGAGAAAGUGUCCUAGAGAGUGUCCCUGUGUGACUAAAGGAACCUGUGGGGAAAGGCAGGCAGUUUGGAAACCCCUGAGAUGCAAAUGAUCCACUCAGGAUUUGCAGUUCUUCUGAAACAUCAUCAAGAAACGCUUAGCUGGGAUAAAGUCAAAGGCAUUCUGUCAGAGCGUGCGCUCUAGAGCCAAACCUGGAGUCUCCCUGGGCGGACCUAAUGCUAUGGAACUGGA